AUGAAGGCAUAUUGGUACGAUAAUAAAGAAGGUGACCAGCGCCUCGCGCAUGAUUCGGGCCGCACAGUUGAUCCCUCUUACCUCGCCCAAAUCGGCGUCCUGUACCACCACUGCCCUGAGCUCUCCUCGGUCGACGCUAUUGCAAAAGAAAGACACUAUAAAAACCGCGAUGAGAUCACCGUGUCUCCGCAAGCCAUGGGCGAUGUCUAUGAAGACAAGGUGAAAAUGUUCUUUGACGAGCAUUUGCAUGAAGACGAGGAGAUUCGCUAUAUUCGGGACGGCGCAGGUUAUUUCGAUGUUAGAUCAAAGGAUGACGACUGGGUCAGAAUUCGACUCGAGAAGGAUGAUCUCAUUAUUCUGCCUGCGGGUAUCUACCACCGGUUCACCACUGAUGAGGCAAAUUACAUCAAAGCAAUGCGGUUGUUCCAGGACGAGCCCAAAUGGAAACCAUUAAACCGCGGUGCGGACACGGACCUCAACGAGCACCGUAAGAACUACCUGCACACCAGAGAUGGCAUUUCUGUGGCAUAA